CAAAACAGAAACUAAAAACCAAACAAAGAUAACUAUCCUUCGAGGGGUAUAAUAAGAAGUGUAAGACUUAACAUCUUAUCACUGGAAGACUUGAGAGGAUUUAUUUUAUAUUUCAGUUGAAACAAACUGAAGAAUAAUUUGAGGAGAAAGGCAUGGGGUUGUUUAAAUCCAAACCUAGCGCUCCAACUCCACCUCCAUCACCAGCUUUUAGCAACGAAUGGAGACGCACACCUUGGGGUUAGAAAGAGGAAAUGCUGCAGAAACUGAAAGACUAUGUGCCUGGAAACCCUCAGGUGAAGACUAUCAGAAUCCUCCUCCAUGGACCAGCUGGAGCUGGCAAGUCCAGCUUCAUCAACUCCAUCAACAAUAUCUUUCAGGACAAAUGUAUGAACAUUGCCUUAGCUGAUAAUUCCUUUGCAGGUGUAAGCUUCACAAAAAAGUAUGAAACCCACAACAUUGUGAAAGAAAAACCUGGAACCUACUACCCCUUCCUCUUCUAUGAUGUCAUGGGGCUGGAGAAUGGUAUUGACAAAGGAGUUGAUGAGGCGGACAUUAUCAAGGCCCUGAAAGGGCAUGUAAAAGAGGGUUACACGUUUAAUCCUGUAUCACCUUUAAAGGAGGAGAAUGAGUACUAUGUCAAGGCCCCCACUCAUUCUGACACAGUUCACUGCCUAGUUAGUGCAAUACCAGCUGAUAAACUACCUAUGAUGAAUGCCAACAACAAUGACAAGACAAAUUAUAUCUUCAAGAAGAUGAGAGCCAUCAGACUAGCUGCAAGUUACAUGGGGAUUCCCCAAAUGCUUAUUCUCACCAAAGUGGAUUUAGCCUGUCCAUUGGUGAGGGAAGAUCUGAAAAAGGUCUAUUGGAGCAAGUAUAUAAAGAAGAAGAUGGAGCAGUGUAGUGAUGAACUGGGAGUACCAGUGAACUGCAUCCUGCCUGUGAAGAACUACCACGAGGAAAUCGACUUGGAUGAUGACAUGGAUGUGCUGCUAUUGAGAGCACUGAGGCAGAUGGUGGACUUUGCAGAGGGCUUCAAGCUAUCACAAGCUGACUGAUGGAUGCACAGUUCUCGAUCUACAGCGUGUCACUGUAUAAUACCUCCAUCUAAAGAAGCCCUGUUCACACCUGGUAUUUACACCUGACUUCUGUGAUCCAAUCACCAUGAUCAGAUUACUCUCCAACUAUGGUCCAGUGCGUCCACAAAAGGGUUGGCAUCAUUUCUGAUUUCUAACUGAAAAUACAUUUUGAAUUUCA